CCGUGUCAUUUUUAAACGAACCAGCUAGCCAGCGCCUCGGCCACACUGUACUGCAUACACGAAAAUAAAAAUUUUUUUUUGACAAAAUCGUGCAUGUUUUCGCUCGCAAUCCGUAUGCACAACGCAGGCCGCGCGAGCCCUAGCUAGCUAGACCGCCGCCCCACCCGUCCAACGAAUCGCAGCGCAUCGCAUCCCGCGAGCAGCGCUCCCACUUGUGUGUUUGUUAUGAAUAUACCGAAGGUGACAACAUCGCUUGGUGCCGCCGAAAAGGCGAAACCCGAACGUGUGGCAUCCGCCGCGGUCGCAGCAGCAGCAACCUUCAAUGCGGUCAGCCUGCAGAAGCGCAGUGGCGUGGAUGACCCAUCGGCCAGCGCAGCUGGGGAGGAUCCCUCGCGCAAGAAGGCCAAGACGGAGCUGCUCCUCGGAGCGCCCACCAGUUUGUCCAGUUUGCCCGCCAAAGCGACGCAGCAGCUCCUCUUUCAGCGGGGUAAGGCGCAGGUCAAAGAUGCACCGGAUCCAUCGGAUGAUGUGUCCUGGGAAGCCCGCGACUCCACCGGCCAGCAGAUUAUAGUGUGCAACUUUGGCUCCACCGCCACUGAAAUCAAGGCGGAGGAUGCGGACAAGCAGACCUUUGCCAGCUUUACCAAAAAGGAGGGCGCCUCCUCGUCGGCCUCGUCCUCCUCCUCCACCGCCUCCAUUAUCUCCAUUGAGCCCAGCGGCUCCUCGGUCCAGGAGCAGCAGGCUGACCAUAAUCCCGGCAAGGCGGAGGACCUCGACUACGUGCUGAUGCCAGCCGCCGGGGCAACGGAAAGCAGUACCAGUACCAGUACCGUGGGUGGAACCACCACCUCCACCAUCAUUCUGAACACCAACAAUGGGGCCACAGGAGUCAGCAGCAGCGGAGCCGGCGGCACCACCGCCACCGCCACGAUUCUCAACCAGAAGCAGCCCGGCCACACCAACUACAACAUCUUCAACACCAGCACGACGGCCACAGGCAGCCAAACGCCUACCACCACGCUGCUUAAUCGGGUGAAUCUGCACGCCAAGAUGAAGACCCAGCUGGUGGUCAACGCCAAGAAGCUGACGGAGGUCACGCAGACGACGGCCAAGGUGUCCAUUGGCAACAAGACGAUAUCGGUGCCGCUGCUCAAGCCGCUGAUGAACGCCAGUGGGGCGUCCACCGCCGGCGGAGCCACGAUUGUGGAGAGCAAGCAGUUGCAGCUGCAGGCGGGUGGCCAGGUAACCACCUUGCAGCCGGGCGGAGCAGUUCAGCAAGUGCACCAUCAGCACGUGCAUCCGCACACGCAUCCGCAUGCCCAUCACAACUUCACCAAGCUGAUCAAGCGGGUGCCCAAGAACCCGGGCACCAUUGUCUCGUUCUCGGGGCUGCAGAUCAAGCCGGCGACCACCAAGAUCGUGGCCACCAAGGUGGUCAGCAAGAAGAUGUCGCUGCAGCUGCAGCAGCACCAGCAGCAGCAGCAGCUCCAACAGCAGCAGCUUCAGCAGCUGCAGGUGACGAGCGGUGGCUUGGCCCCGCCCACUGGCAGCAUUGUGACCAUCACCACCACCAAUCCCAGCCAGACGUACGCAAUGGUCCAGGAUGCCGCGGGCGCAGUAGCAUCUCAUUCGAAGGAAGAAGAUGCUCCGCCUCGGAAGAUAACUUACACGGAGAACCUGCAAAAGAUCCUGAACAAGAGCAAGUCCCAGGACGACGAGUUCGCCAACAUCAACAGCGUGGUGAUCAAGCCGCUGGACAAGAGCACCACCCUCAACUGCCCGCCCAGCUUCAAUAUCUUCAAGCAGCAGGCAACCCAAAACCAAACCAACACCUCCGUGGGCAGUGGAGCCCAGUGCACCCCAGUGACCUUAACCAUGACGCCGGCCUCGGGCAGCAACUCCUCGGAUCUGGCCACCACCGCCUCCCAGUCCACCGUCUCCGUCUCUGCGGGCACCAUCUGCAUCAAUAGUCCGAUGAUGGGCUCGCGGCCCAUUAUCUCCAUUCAGAACAAGAACAUAUCCCUGGUGCUCUCGAAGACGACGAUGGCCCAGCAGAAGCCCAAAAUGAUCACUACCACCACGCUGGCCAGCCAGUCGGCGCUGCAGAUGCAUCAUGCUUUGGUCCAGGACUCGAAUGCCAAUGCGGAAAAAGCGGACAGAGCCACCUCUGGUUCAGCAGUGGCGGGAUCCAUGCAGCUCAAGCUGACCACUGUGGCCGCCUCCACGCCAGCCAAACUCAGCGUUAGUCUGGCCACCGAAGCGGCCAAGCUGGAGGAGAUUGCCGGCGAGCCAAAGGCCAAGGUGUUGCUCAAACAGGAGACGACCGUGAAGGAUGCAACUGGAACUGGAAAUGGAACUGGAGCUUCGGCCAGCGAACAGCAGGAGCGGAGCGAGGAGACAGGCACGCCGGAGAAGCGCUUAAAUGCCAAUACCACAUUGACGCCCAUUAGCCAGGUGCAGAAUCAGAACCAGAACCAGGUGGCCACUGCCACUGCUACGCCUACCUCAACUGCCUCCAAUCCCAGCACGCCCACUGCUCCAGCCAGUGCUGUGGUCACGGCCACGCCCACUUUGGUGGGCCACAAUCAACGCUCGGGCACGGAGGAUUCGAAUAAUGCCCUGCUGAAGAAGCUGCUCCAGAACAGCAGCAGCAGCAACCACAGCCACGGCCACGGGCUCAAUGCCAAUCCCAUUAGCAUACCCUCGACGGCACCGCUCUCCGCCAGGAAGGUGAUCAAUGUGCGGGCCCCCAGCAUGGGACUGGUCAGCAGUCUGGAGGCGCAACUGGCGCGUCCCGUGAUUCCGCCAGUGCCAGCGGCCACCCAAGCGGCGGGCAACAGUAGUAGUGGCGGAUCCGUGGCCACCUCCACCGUUACCACAACGGUGGCCAGUGGCGGAGGCAGUGGCCAGCAACAACAACAGGUGGUGGCCACCACUGCCUCGGAACGAACUGGUACUCCGGUAACAGCAGUCGUGGCCAUCUCCUCCGCACCUGAACCCAAGCUGGAGCAGCAGAAGUCGGAGCAGCCGUUGGUGGUGGCCACCCCACAGCCACCAGCACCUCCUCCUUCGCAGCAGCAACAGCCUCCUCCGCAACAGCAACAGCAACAGCUUCAACUGACAACCCACCAAGUCAAGCAGACGGUGCAGAUAGUGUCCAAGGAGACAUCCUUUAUCUCCGGACCCAUCGUGGCGAACAACACUAAAGUGUCGCAGGAAGCCACUGCCAAACAACCUGCCGAGCUGUUGCCGCCGCCUCCGUACGAACUGGCCACUGCUCCCAUCUCGAAUGUGACCAUAUCCAUAUCCACCAAGCAGCCAGUGCCGCCCAAGGAGCUGCUGCAGAUGAAGCCCACCAAGGCGGUGGCCAUGUCGCUGCCCAUGGAUCAGGGCGAGGAAUCCCAGCCAGAGCAGGCGGAACAGCAGCAGCAGCCAGCACCACAUCAACCGGAACGACAGGGAGGAGCCACCGUAGCGGGAGGAAUAUCAUCACAAACUGGUGCAGCCAUAUGGAGCAAUAGCAAUCAUGUGGAGGCCAAGAUACCUUUUAAGCCGGGCGAGGCCCAGAAACGCAAGCUGCCCAUGCAUCCGCAGUUGGACGAGAAGCAGCUCCAGCCGCAGCAGCAGCAACAGGUGGAGAUGCCGAUGCCCAUCAGUGGUGUUUCCUUGCCAGCCGGACAAACUGCAACAACCGGCGGACAAACUGGUCCCGAAAAGGUACAGCUCAUUUCGGCCAUUGCCAGUUAUGUGAAGAAAUCUGGCGAGGCACAGCAGCCCAUUCAGAGUCAGAGUCAGAGUCAGAACCAAAGCCAGGGUCAGGUGCAGAUGCAAGCGCAGAUGCAGGCAGCCAUGCAGGGUCAACUAGCUGGACAGAUGCCUGGACAAAUCGCUGGGCACAUGCCCGGCCAGCAGAUGCAUUUGCAAAUGCAGCAGCAUCAACAUCAGCUCCAUGUGGCAGUGCAUCCCCAGCAUCAGCAGCAGCAGGCUCCGACUCAUCCGAUUCCCAUGCCUGGACAAGGAGCAGGACCCAUCCCCGUAGCAUCCACCGCCAGCACCAGCAUGGAACCCAAGGCGGGGGACCAAAGAAAGCGACGCAAGCGGGACGUGCAGAAGCCAAGGCGCACCAAUCUGAAUGCCGGACCUGCAGGAGUUCUCAAGGAUCUGACAGGUACGCUACCAGCAGGUGCCAUGGUCCAGCUGGCCGGCAUGGCCCCGGGCACGCAGUACAUCCAGGGAUCGCAGCCGGGCACUGGUCAUGUGAUCACCACCACCGGAGGACAGGGAGGAGAAGGAAGAGGAGGAGGCGUUAGCCUGGGUGGGGCAGGUGCCUCGCCCAUGCUCAAGAAGCGAGUGCGCAAGUUCUCCAAGGUCGAAGAGGAUCACGAUGCAUUUACCGAGAAGCUGCUGACCCACAUCCGCCAGAUGCAGCCGCUCCAGGUGCUGGAGCCGCACCUGAAUCGCAACUUUCACUUUUUGAUCGGCAGCAAUGAGGCGCCCGCAUCGAGUGGAGGCACAGUAUCCUCGGCCAGCGGAUCCUCCUCCUCAGCAGCAGGAGGAGGUGGUGGUGGCAAACUCAAGGGCGGAGGAUCUCUGGGUGGAUCCCGGGGCUGGCCGCUGAGCAAGCAUUUGGAGGGACUGGAGGACUGUGAUGGCGCCAUUCUGGGUCGCUUUGGACGGGUGCGUCUGCCGGGGAUUCCCUCGUUAUACGACAGUGAACGCUUUGGCGGCAGUGGAGGAUUGGUGGGAGGAUCUGCCACUCGUUCGCCCUCACCCACGUCCGUGUCCCUGGAAACCGAGAAGGCAUCGCUGCCCAUGUCCAGCAUCCAGAACGAUUUCUACGACCAGGAGUUCUCCACGCACAUGGAGCGUAAUCCGCGAGAGCGCCUGCUGCGACACAUUGGCGCCGUCAAGGACUGCAAUCUGGAGACCAUAGAUCUGGUGGAGAGCGAGGGCGUGGCUGCGUGGGCGGCCCUGCCCCGGAUCACCCGCUAUCCGGGAUUGAUACUGCUCAAUGGGAAUAGCCGUUGCCAUGGGCGGAUGUCGCCGGUGGCCCUGUCGGAGGAUCCGCUGACCAUGCGGGUCCCAGUGUCGCCGCUGCUUCGCUCCUGCAGCGAGGAGCUGCGCAAGGCACAGCAGUUGGAACUGGGAACGGGAACUGGAAUGGGAGCCCUGAACAACAAUAACUACCAGCAGAAGAACCAGAAUGUGAUACUCGCACUGCCCGCCUCAUCCUCGGAGAAUAUAGCCGGCGUGCUGCGGGACCUGGCCAAUCUGCUGCACCUGGCACCCGCCCUCACCUGCAAGAUCAUCGAGGACAAGAUGGGCGACAAGAUGGAGGCGCUGCAGUCAGUGGACCAGGAUCACGAGGAAAAGCAGGACUUUAAGCGACCCUCAGCCGCCGUGAGUCAUGGCCAUCUGCGAAAGAUCCUCAAUGGACGCCGCAAGCUGUGCCGCAGCUGUGGCAAUGUGGUCCAGGCCACUGGCUUGCGGGUUCCCCGGCACAGUGUGCCCGCUCUGGAGGAACAGCUGCCCCGUUUGGCCCAACUAAUGGCCAUGCUCCCGAGGAAGUCGGCACCCCCACCGUUUGUGUACUUCUGCGAUCGCGCCUGCUUUGCCAGAUUCAAGUGGAGCGGCAAGGAGGGCCAGGCGGAGGCGGCCAGUCUGUUGCUGCAGCCGGCCGGUGGCUCCGUCUCGACCUCCGCCUCCACGGGUGACUCACCCAGCAGCGCCUCCGGCACCAGCUCAUCAAUGGCGCUGGCGGAGACGAUGGUGGUCAAGCAGGAACCGCCGGAGGACGAGGCUGAUGACCAGAAGCAGGACAACGGUAACGGUAACUCCAGCAACAGUCUCAACCUUCCCGUGCAGCGCAAGUGCAUCGUCAAGUGCUUCAGUGCCGAUUGCUUUGCCACGGAUUCGCCGGCCAUCAAACUGGAGUUCGAGGGAGCAGGAGGAGGAGGAGCGGGAUCGGGAUCAGGAUCAGGAUCCGGACCCGGGCCAGCUAACAAUACGGUGUGGCUAAGGGAGACGGAGGCUAGUGGACUCCAGCUGGAGGACACCAGGCAGUGUGUGUUCUGCAAUCAGCGGGGCGAUGGCCUGGCGGAUGGACCCUCGCGACUGCUCAACUUUGAUGUGGACAAAUGGGUUCACCUGAACUGUGCCCUAUGGUCCAAUGGUGUCUACGAGACCGUCUCCGGGGCACUGAUGAACUUCCAGACGGCUCUGCAGGCGGGUUUGAACCAGGCGUGCAGCUCGUGCCACCAACUGGGCGCCACCAUCAAGUGCUUCAAGUCGCGCUGCAACAGCCUGUACCACCUGCCCUGCGCCAUCCGUGAGGAGUGUGUCUUCUACAAGAACAAGUCUGUGCACUGCAGUGCCCAUGGCCAUGCCCACUCCGGUGGCUUAGCCACCGGGGGAUCGGGGGCGGGAUCUACAGUUGGUGGCGGCGGAGGAUUGGGAGCUGGCUCCACGGCGGAGAACGAACUGGGCUCGCUGGUCGUCCAUCGGAGGGUGUUCGUGGAUCGCGACGAGAACCGGCAGGUGGCCACCGUCAUGCACUACUCGGAGCUGAGCAACCUGCUGCGUGUGGGCAACAUGACCUUCCUGAAUGUGGGUCAGCUGCUGCCCCACCAGCUAGAGGCCUUCCACACGCCCCACUACAUCUAUCCCAUUGGCUACAAGGUGAGUCGCUACUACUGGUGCGUACGUCGACCGAAUCGCAGGUGUCGCUACAUCUGCAGCAUUGCGGAGGCCGGCUGCAAACCGGAGUUCCGCAUCCUGGUGCAGGACGCCGGCGACAGCAAGGAGCCGGAGCGCGAGUUCCGCGACAGCACUCCUUCGGCGGUGUGGCAGCAGAUUCUGCAGCAGAUCACGCGACUGCGCAAGGUGCACAAGUGGCUGCAGCUCUUCCCGCAGCACAUCAGCGGCGAGGAUCUGUUCGGCCUGACGGAACCCGCGAUCGUGCGCAUCUUGGAGAGCCUGCCCGGCAUCGAGACGCUCACCGACUACCGCUUCAAGUACGGCCGCAAUCCGCUGCUGGAGUUCCCGCUGGCCAUCAAUCCGUCCGGAGCGGCGCGCACGGAGCCCAAGCAGCGCCAGCUGCUCGUCUGGCGGAAGCCGCACACCCAGCGCACGGCGGGAAGUUGCAGCACCCAGCGGAUGGCCAACUCGGCGGCCAUUGCCGGCGAGGUGGCCUGUCCCUACAGCAAGCAGUUCGUCCACUCCAAGAGUUCCCAGUACAAGAAAAUGAAGCAGGAGUGGCGCAACAACGUGUAUUUGGCCAGGUCCAAGAUCCAAGGAUUAGGUCUUUAUGCCGCGCGGGACAUUGAGAAGCACACCAUGAUCAUCGAGUACAUUGGCGAGGUCAUCCGUACCGAGGUCUCCGAGAUACGCGAGAAGCAGUACGAGUCCAAGAACCGCGGCAUCUACAUGUUCCGGCUGGACGAGGAUCGCGUGGUGGAUGCCACUCUGAGCGGCGGCCUGGCGCGCUACAACCACUCGUGCAAUCCCAACUGUGUGACGGAGAUCGUGGAGGUGGAUCGCGAUGUGCGGAUCAUAAUAUUCGCCAAGCGGAAGAUCUAUCGCGGCGAGGAGCUAUCCUACGAUUACAAGUUCGACAUCGAGGAUGAGUCGCAUAAAAUACCUUGUGCCUGCGGGGCGCCCAACUGCCGCAAGUGGAUGAACUAGAGUCGGGAGGAGCCGGAGCCUCUGCCGGAGGAGCAGAGCAGGCGCAAGAAGCGGCGGCGUGUGCGCCGCUCCCAGUGAACCGGAAUAGAAAUAGGAACAGGAAUAGAAACCGAAACAGGAAUCGGAACAGGAAUUGUUGUAUCUGAUCAAUUAGAUAGAUUCGCUGAGCAGUUUAGACACCGUGUACAUACAUACAAUUAUAUAUAUAUGUAUAUAUAUAGAUAUAUAUAUAUAUAUGCCGAUAUGCUCCAUUGGCGAGCAUAGAGAACCCUGUAAGUUAUGUAUAUGUGCCCACUGUAGCUAAUUCGUAUCCCGUGUCCCACAAAUAUCGCUCGUAGGUGGAGAAGUGGAGGGAGUGGAGUGUUUCAUAGUUUAAAUUGAAUGAUUGCUAUCGUUUCUAUAUAUAUAGAGAUAAUAUAAAUGUUAAUGCUAGGACAUGACCGAUAGGCCCCCUGUAAUGUAUUUCUGACCUUUACCCUUGACCGCCCCACACAGUCGCAGAGGAGCAUCUUAUUUUUUUUUUUUUUGUCUUAGCACCAUCUCCACCAAAUCCACACCCAAAUCCAUCAUGAGGAAAACAAACAGAUCCCCAACAGAUGGCCAACCCAAAACUUGACUUUAUGCGUGUGUGCCUUCUUCCCCUCUGUUUACCAUUAUAUCAUUAUUAUCAUAUUUGUAGUGGCUAUUUUUCGAUAUUCGCAUACAUGUACAACCCUUCUUUGAAUAUACAUAUACGCCAAUAAGGAUAUAUACAAAACCUAUUUUUAUUUUAUUUUAUUUAACUAGUUUUGCAAUUAACUUUAAGUACAUUUAUCCAAACUCCAAGCAACGUGUAUUUUUCAUCCCCUAAAGAGUUAAGUAAAUUUUAUGCCACCAUUUUA